CACUGUUUGGAGGGUGGUCGGAGCAGCGAGAGGCGCCGUCGACGUCGCUCUACCCUCUGUACGCGUCAAGCAUUGAUCAAACUCGUAGAGCCAUUCCUCAGCAAGUGGAACAAGUUCCUUCGGUUCCAAAUAUCUGCAUUCCAUAAAGUGACUGCUAGUUAGUUGUAGUUCAAUUGUGCUUUUAGUGCUAUAAGUUGGAUUUUUCUUCGCUUCAAUUAGAAGUCGUAGAUCUAAGGCUGACAACUAUUUACUCUCUCGGUUAAAUGCAGUAAUGAAACAGCCAACGUAAAUUUGUACUACAAAUCGGCAUCAAAAAAGCGUGCUGUUCAUCCUGUGACGGACCGACGUGACGCAGGUUGUCCUCACUUCUCACGGGUUCCUGAGAAGGAGUGGCACCGCGCAGUCUGUAACCUAAAAUGGCAAUGAUGAAAUAUCCCGGUGGUCAUUUUAUGACCUUUCUGGUCCUGUUGGUGUUGGGACAAGUCUGCAGCAAUGUUCCAGGAAACUAUUCCGGUUCUCCUUACAUCCAAUAUUUAACACAUCCUCCCGAAAUUGUUACCAAGCCGAGAAACCAGCAAGUUAAAGCUGGGGGUGUAGCAGGGUUUUAUUGUCAAGCGAAAGCACAUCCAAAGCCGCAAAUUCAAUGGAGGAAGAAUGGCAAAAAAGUAUCAGGUUCUCAGACUCGGUACCAAGUGAAAGAUUUUCCUGAUGGUGGGGCACUGCUGAGAAUCGAUCCCGUUAAGGCGGGUCGAGAUGAUGCUAUGUACGAAUGUGUAGCUGAGAAUGGCGUUGGGGAUGCCGUUAGUGCUGAGGCGACCCUCCAGGUUUUUGAAGCGGACAAAUUGCCCCCGGGCUUUCCCCAAAUCACCGAAUCGCCCCAAAACAACAAGGUGGUCGAGAUCGGACACAACACAAUGCUGAAUUGUGCAGCAACGGGCAGUCCUCCACCGAAGAUCACUUGGCUCAAGAACAUGUUACCGCUGAACAUGACCAACAAUCCCCGAUAUUCGAUGCGAGAUGAUAAGCCAGGUGCCUUACAAAUAAAAAGUAGCGAAGAAAAAGAUCAGGGCAAGUACGAAUGUGUAGCUGAGAACUCGAUUGGUACCGAUUACUCCAAGUUUGCGUUACUUUAUGUUAAAGUUCGACGUGUUCCUCCGUCAUUUUCCAUCCCUCCACCGCCAUCAGUUGAGGUCAAAUUGGGAGACGACCUUAAUUUGACCUGCGUAGCUGUAGGUUCUCCCAUGCCCUUUGUAAAGUGGCGGAAAGGCGCUACAGAAGAUCUCACACCAGAAAAUAAUUUGCCAAUUGGAAAAAACACCUUAGACUUGAGAAAAAUCGAAGCAUCCGCCAACUAUACGUGCAUAGCAGCCAGUGCUCUUGGUAUCGUUGAGACUGUGUCCCAAGUUAAAGUACAAUCAUUGCCGGGACCACCAACUAACGUUAAGACAUCAGAAAUUACUGCCACUUCUGUGCGCCUGACAUGGUCGUAUCCAGGAUCAGAAGACCUGCAAUACUAUGUGAUCCAGUUCAAGCCGAAGUAUGCAAAUCAGGCAUAUAGCGAAAUCAGCGGCAUUAUUACGAUGUACUAUUCGGUCCGAAAUUUGAGCCCUUAUACCGAAUACGAAAUGUAUGUGAUUGCGGUCAACAACAUUGGCCGAGGGCCGCCUAGUGCUCCGGCUGUUGUUACCACAGGAGAAACAGGUGGAAAACCUGGAACGGCUCCUCGAAACGUGCAGGUGCGACCACUCAGUUCCAGUACCAUGGUUAUUCAAUGGGACGAACCAGAAACUCCAAAUGGGCAAGUCACAGGCUAUAAAGUAUACUAUACGACCAACUCUCAACUUACAAUGGCCCAAUGGGAAUCACAAGUGGUGGAUAACAAUCAACUAACAACCAUCAGUGAACUCACUCCACAUACAAUCUAUACCAUUCGAGUUCAAGCCAUGACUUCAGUAGGCCCUGGACCAUUAAGCCCACCUGUUCAUGUUAAAACCCAACAAGGUGUUCCAAGUCAACCGAGCAAUUUACGCGUCUCAGACAUUGCUGAAAGUGCGGUAACUUUGCAGUGGAACAAACCGACUCAUUCGGGUGAAAGUAUAGUAAGUUACGAGCUCUACUGGAACGACACUUAUGCGAAAGAAAAGCACCAUCGUCGCAUCUCCAUCACCGAGUCGUACACUUUGAGUGGAUUGUAUCCCAACUCUUUGUACUACGUUUGGUUGGCUGCCAGAUCACAGAGAGGCGAGGGCGCCACUACUCCACCAAUCCCAGUGAGAACCAAGCAGUAUGUGCCGGGUGCGCCACCAAGCAACGUGCAUGGCAAUGCGGUAAGUCCGACUGCCAUCAAGGUGUGGUGGGAUCCACCUCCAGCUAACCGAAGCAACGGAAACAUUAUUUACUACAAGCUGCAUUUUGUGGAAGCUGAUCGAUCAGAUAGCGAGGCAACCAUUAACAAAAUGAACGCGACCUCGUUCGUGCUAGACGAAUUAAAACGUUGGACAACGUACCGUAUCUGGGUGCUAGCUGGGACCUCGGUGGGCGAUGGACCUGCCUCUAUCCCUAUCACGGUUCAAACCCUCGAAGAUGAAAAAAGGAUGCCAGGCAACCCUGAAGAUGUUAAGGUCACUCCAAUUAAUUCCACUACGAUUAAAGUGAAUUGGAAACCACCAAAGACCAAUGAUCGAAACGGCAUUAUUUUGGGAUAUCAUGUUCAUGUACAGGAAGUCAAAGAAGAGAGUAAAAGUUUUCUGAACGAACCGAUGCAGUUCAACGUGCUCGGAGGUGAUACGUUGGAGUUAAACAUUUCGAGUUUGCAACCUGAUACGACUUAUGCUGUCCAAGUAGCAGCCUUAACUAGAAAAGGUGAUGGGGAUCGAAGUGCUCCCGUAGAUGUUCGAACUCCUGGUGGCGUCCCAAAUCGUCCAGGUUUAAGUUUAAAAAUCACUGAAAGAGAUCCAGCCGUUACUUUCGAUCUGGAAUGGUCCAGACCUUCACAAACUUAUGGUGAACUAAAAGGUUACCGCCUAAGGUAUGGAGUUAAAGAUCAGCCGCUGAAAGAAGUGCCACUCAAAGCUUCUGUUUUAAAUCAUCGCAUUAACGACCUAGAGCGUGGUGUGGAGUACGAAUUUCGUGUGGCCGGUGUGAAUCACAUCGGCACAGGCCAGGAAGCAAUCAAAUACAUUAAAACACCCGAAGGCCCGCCCACUGGACCUCCGACAAAUAUUACCUGUCGAUUUCAAACGCCCGACGUCGUGUGUGUGACUUGGGAUCCGCCUACUCGAGAACACCGCAAUGGUCAAAUCAUCAAAUACGACAUCGAGUUUCACAAGAAGUCUGACCAUAAUAACGUGAUCUUUCGAAAUGUGACCAAAACUAAGGCAGUAUUCACGAACUUGGAAGAGAACACUGAGUACGUUUUCCAUAUCAAGGCCUACACCAAUCUAGGACCGGGGCCUAACAGCGAGAAGCAAACAAUUCAAACAGAGAAAGAUAUCGGAAGAGCACCCAUGGCAGUGAAAGCGGUGGCCACUUCAGAAUCGAGCGUAGAAGUCUGGUGGGAAACAGUGCCAUCACGGAAGCCCGUUAUUGGGUAUCAAAUUUUUUAUACGAUGACCGCUGUGGAGGAUUUGGAUGCAUGGCAGCAAAAGUCCGUGGGUUUGACCAAUUCUGCUGAUUUAGUAAACUUGGAAAAGUAUGCUCAAUAUGCCAUAGCAGUAGCUGCUCGAACCGAAGCCGGCUUGGGACGACUAUCGGAAAAGGAUUUGGUGAAAGUGAAACCGGAAGAUGUGCCACUCAACUUGAGAGCCCAUGAGGUUACAACACAUUCCAUGACCUUAUCAUGGGCUCCACCCAUUCGAUUGAACCCCAGUCAGUAUAAAAUCUCCUUCGAUGCCAUCAAAGAGUUUGUGGAUUCACAGGGUAUCACGCAGACACAAAACAUACCUCGAGUGGAAAUAGUUCUACGUGACGAAGUCAAGUCUUACACCAUAAACGACUUGUCGCCUUUCACCACAUACAACGUGAACGUGAGUGCAAUUCCCAGCGACGAGUCGUACCGUCCACCAACCAAAAUCACUGUAACCACCCAAAUGGCCGCACCACAACCCAUGGUGAAGCCAGACUUUUAUGGAGUCGUUAAGACAGAAAUCCAUGUCAUUUUGCCACAAGCCUCGGAGGAAUAUGGUCCGAUUAGUCACUACUAUUUAAUCGUGGUUCCCGAAGACAAGUCGACGAUACACAAGAAUCCCGAUCAAUUUCUAACAGAGGAUCUGUUGAGCAAUGUUAAGGACGUGGCUGAAGAUCCCACCCUACCUUAUGUCGCUGCCAAAUUUCCCCAAAGGAGUAUUCCAUAUACGUUUCAUUUGGGAACAGGCGAGGCAAAAGAGGGCCUUACCAAUUUUAAACUGAAACCGGACAAGAGAUACAGGAUAUUUAUUAGAGCGGUGGUCGAUACUCCACAAAAGCACCUCUACACUAGUAGCCCCUUUUCGGAGUUCCUCUCUUUGGACAUGCGAGCCCCUCCUCCAGGUGAGGUGCCAACGCGCCCCAAUCCAAACGUUCCUACAGACACCGACGUCAAAGUAAGCUCCCAACGAAAAGAAGCCACCUACUUGUGGGUUAUCGGGCCCGUGAUUGCUGCAGUUCUGCUGUGCUCGAUUUUGGUGUUUUUAUUCUUACUGCGAAGAAGACGACAGCCGUGUAAAACGCCCGAUCAAGCUGCCGUUACCAAACCCUUAAUACCGGCGGAUUUGAACAGCAGCAUUGCUCCGAGCGAUCCGGUGGAGCAAAGACGCUUGAACUUCCAAACUCCUGCCAUGAUAUCACAUCCUCCCAUUCCAGUUUCGGAACUGGCUAAUCACAUUGAAAGACUUAAAGCGAAUGACAAUCUAAAAUUCUCACAAGAAUAUGAGAGCAUCGAACCAGGACAGACGUUUACCUGGGAGUUUUCCAAUAUGGACGUUAAUAAGCCAAAGAAUAGGUAUGCAAAUGUAAUUUCGUAUGAUCACAGUCGCGUUAUAUUGCCCUUGGAAGACGGCCGAAGAGGUUCAGAUUACAUCAACGCCAACUAUUGCGACGGUUACCGAAAGCACAACGCUUACGUUGCUACUCAGGGACCAUUGCCUGAAACUUUCGGCGAUUUUUGGAGAAUGUGCUGGGAGCUGAAAGCGGCCACCAUUGUAAUGAUGACCAAGCUUGAAGAAAGAACGAGAAUUAAAUGCGACCAAUACUGGCCUUCCCGAGGAACGGAAGUGUACGGCCCGAUGUCUGUGGUGAUUUCGGAUGUUCAAGAACUGGCAACUUACUGCAUUCGAACCUUCCAAAUUCAGAAAGAUUUUGAGGAGAGUAGAGAAAUAAAACAGCUGCAGUUUACUGCAUGGCCGGAUCAUGGAGUGCCUGACCAUCCAGCUCCAUUUUUGCAAUUCUUGAGACGAGUGCGUAGUCUAAACCCGCCUGAAGCUGGACCGAUAAUUGUCCAUUGUUCUGCCGGUGUUGGAAGGACCGGGUGCUUUAUUGUUAUUGACUCAAUGCUGGAAAGGAUGCGGCAUGAGAAGACGGUGGAUAUUUAUGGUCAUGUUACCUGCCUUCGUGCUCAGAGGAACUACAUGGUUCAAACCGAGGAUCAGUACAUUUUCAUUCACGAUUCACUUCUGGAGGCAUAUAUUUGCGGAGCUACUGAAGUCCCAGCACGGAAUCUACAUCCACACAUUCAGAAACUGAUGCAACUAGAGCCGGGCGAGAACAUCACCGGAAUGGAACACGAAUUUAAGAAGCUAGGAAACAUUAAGACUGAUUCUUCACGUUUUGUUACUGCAAAUUUACCUUGCAAUAAGCACAAAAAUAGAUUAGUACAUAUCCUACCAUACGAGAGUACGCGUGUCUGUCUACAACCAAUUAGGAACAUCGAUGGUUCGGACUAUAUAAAUGGCAGUUUUAUUGAUGGUUAUCGGUACCGCAAGGCCUACAUUGCCACUCAAGGACCACUGCCCGACACCACUGAUGAUCUUUGGCGCAUGCUUUGGGAGCAUAACUCUACAAUAAUCGUCAUGUUGACGAAGUUGAAAGAAAUGGGAAGAGAAAAGUGCCAUCAGUACUGGCCAAGCGAUCGAUCAGUCCGUUAUGGAUGUUACGUGGUGGAUCCGAUAGCCGAAUACAACAUGCCUCAGUACAUUCUACGCGAAUUCAAGGUGACUGAUGCCCGGGACGGAUCGUCCAGGACAAUGCGCCAAUUCCAGUUUACCGACUGGCCGGAACAGGGAGUGCCAAAAUCUGGAGAAGGAUUUAUUGAUUUUAUCGGCCAAGUCCACAAGACUAAAGAACAGUUCGGACAAGACGGGCCUAUCACUGUCCAUUGCAGUGCUGGCGUGGGUAGAACCGGUGUAUUUAUUACGUUGAGUAUAGUGCUAGAAAGAAUGCAAUAUGAAGGGGUAGUUGAUGUUUUCCAGACCGCUAGAAUAUUGAGAACUCAAAGGCCUGCCAUGGUACAGACUGAGGAUCAGUACCAAUUUUGUUAUCGAGCAGCUCUCGAAUACUUAGGUUCAUUCGAUCACUACACAAACUAAUCAACAUAAGCAGGUAGUUCUAAUGCAACAGAAGAUGACAAUAACUGCCCUUUCAUCCACUAAGCGGCUCUUCUGUUUCACAUUUACCGCUUCACCAAAUGGCGCUAGAUAAGCAUUCGGAAUCGUCACUGGUUUAAUCAUUUACAAUCGUCAUACUUGAAAGAUUCGAAUCUACGCUUAUUGGCUGAGCGGUAAGCCACAUGCAAUCCGUUAUAAUCUGUAUAUUUAAGCGAACUGGUAUGGAAACAAGAAUUACAUGGAAAUAGUGUGAAAAAGUGUGAACUAUGUGCCUAACAUGGGAGAGAAUAUAUGAAUUAUAAAAAUGUAUAGAAAUGCCCUGAUGUGCACAACAAUUAGCGAAUCAUAUUUUAGUAUUUUGUAUUAACGUGCAAUUUGUUAAGGUGUUCUAUCCAUUCCUAUUGGCAAACACUAUAUUUAUCUGUCAAAUUCCGGUUAGCAGUUCAAAAUAAUCCCUAUAGCUUCAAAUGAAUCUCACUUUUAUUAUUAAUUUAGUUUUUUUAUUUUCAUACGUUCAUAGGACGAGUACUUAUAGUGGCUUCAAGUGCUUAUUCUUGAUCUCAUCGUCAUCUCCAUGAUCUCAAUAAUGUUCAAUAUCAUUCGUAAAUCAUUUAACUUCAUCUUAGAAAAUAAGAAAAUGUGUUUAACAUGGGCAGUUUCGAUAUAGUGAAACAUCUUCAAAGUUUUAUAUUAAAAAAGGCGCGUAGUUUUAACUAAUGAAGUUGGGCUAUGUUAAUGAGCUGAAGCCAAAAUUGUAUAAACUAAGAUACAUUUGGUUGUUGAUUGUAGUAUGACUGAAAAAAAUUGUCAGAAACGCACACUUAAUUUAAAAUACCGCAGACAGAUAAAUAUAGUAGUCAAGCAAUCAAUUUGUAUAUUAUAAUACAUUUGCAGUUUUUGUACCAUUUUAGGAAGAAAUAAAAUAUUUUUAUUUCCUCAAAUGUUUGACGUGUUUAUAAUUUUCGGAGAAACUUUACUAUCUUUUUGAGUGGUAUGUUAUUUUAGAAUGUUCAAUGGUUACGUUCAAUAAGUUUUUGUAUGUAAAUUGUAUAUUGCACGUGCAUGAUUAAGAAAAUAAAUGUUAAGUCCCCAAGUCAAGCACAUAUUAAAGUUGUCUCCGAUUCUCUUGCCUUUUAACAUUUUCAUUUAACAUUGUACGAGAAUCAAUCCUAGUAUCGCCUUGUUUACUUCUACAUAUCUUAAUAUUAUAUGUACUGUAAUUAUACAUAAAGGCCCUUUGUAUCGCUAACUAUAUCAUUAAGUUAGGUUAUUCAUUAUUAAAAUGAUUUUGCAGCGUAGUGGUAAUAUCAUCAACAUGUUACGUGUUAUUUUUGUCGAAUAUUUUUACAUUAUUUUCAGUACCGCUUUUGGUACGUAGACUGAUUUAAUAUAUUACUUAAUCAUGUUUUUUUUUGAUAAACUAUUUCACAAACGUUGUAGCACAUGAUGUGUAAAAGAGAUCUUGAAAAAAUAAAGAACAAAGCUAGAUUUUAAAAA